UCCUUAACAGUUAACACCGUCCCAAAUUCUCGCUGCCGGUUCCGACGCCAAUUUCUCAACGAAUAAUUUAGGUUUUACCCAAUUAGAACGUUCCUCAUUUUAACUCUCUCUCUCUCUCUCUGUAUAUAUAAUUUUUCCCGGAAUUAAAGGCUCAGGCAAAGAGAUUUGUCGCAAAAGUUAUUGGGAUAGAAAAGUUUUGAUGGAGGUUUGAAGGGAAUGAGCGGUGCUUUCUCUCUCGUUCUCCGAGAAAGAGAGAGAAAGCGUGGGAAAAUCUUUAAAUCAAUGUUGUUGGUUUGGUUCGUUAUCGCGAAGCAGUAAAACCAGAGCUUUCUAUCUCAUUUUCCGUGGGGUUUCCGAGAAAAGGAGUAAGACAUAAAAAGGGGAGAAAGAAAAUCUGUAAAGAAAAAUUUGAGAAUUGAGAGAAACUAUACGGUAUCUAUGGCGUUCCUUGCCUUGGCUUCUUUGCCUGAUACGUGGUUGUGAGAGUGAAAUUGAAGCGAAUGCGAUACAGAAAUGAACGAAGAUAUGGAGGAGAUUGUUAUGGAAUCGUUCGUGGCUGAAGAAAUUGAUCUCGAUUACGAGUUCGAUGCGGCUACGUUCUAUGAUUUCACCCGGGCGGAGACUGAUCUCGAGGCUAUAAAAGCCGAGCGCUGGUUCGAAUCCGCACAGAGUUAUCCGCCUUCGCCUCUCAUCGUCAAGUUGAAAAAGUGGGGGAAAGACCUUCCUGUAGAAAGUAGAAACACCGAAACGAGGAACUCCAGUGGCAAUGGCUUUAACAAAGGAUUUCAUUUUUAUAAGCAGAUGGCUGAAGCAGGGCCAAAAGCCAAAACAAAGUCCCCAGUCAAGCCGACAUUAUCGAGGAGUUCUACCUUAAUGAAACCAACAGCAAGUCACUUGGCCAAGCAGAAGAAACCUGGAGUUCAUUCUACCCGAUUUUUGAGUAGUUGGUGUUCCCCCAAUUGGGUCUCACCAAAGAUCGGUAAAUGAGACCGUGUAUAUUCAAUUGGAAAACUCUUUCUUUCAGGCGUUUUUGCACACCGAAGCUGACAUGGAAUGUGAUUUAAUGAAACGGUUUGUUUUCGUUUUACUUUCAGUUAAUGAGUUUUGGGCGGGAUGGGAAUUUAAAUGAAAGAGGACGGUACGUUAGCUUAUGUUAACUAAUCUAGCAGGCUUUCACUUCAGACAAACCAUGAUGGCUGGUUGAAUCAUUAACCUGCCAAAGAGUGCAGGGGAGGAGGAGCAUUGCUUUGCAAGUUUAAAAAUGGUGGCUUAUGGAGUUCUCUAAAUUUAUUGAAAGUAUCUCCAUAUAAUAUGGGAGCUGUACAUGGAAGACAAAACUUAAAAAAAUAUUGUCUGUCUCACUUUUAAUUCCUACUUAGAAUUUUCAAUAUUUUAUUCAAUGUGUCUUGGAAUUUUUAUCAAA